ACAGAUGCCUAAGUAUCGAUAACAGCGGUUGGCGUUGCCACUUCGCCCGCACUUGUUGCUGUAUCGUCACACACACGCACACCCACGCACAGCCAUUACGUCAAUAUGGCAAACAAUCUGUCAAACGCGCAAUUACAACAAAAACAGUUCGUCCGCAUUGACAGUUGGUCAAUAGGUCCAUCGAGAAUUCGCUGAAGUGGUGAGGAUAGCGCAGAAUCGCAGCUGGCGAGGAUUGGAAGAGGGCACUCGAAAGAUCCGCGCAAAAUGCUGCCACAAACGCCGCCCCACGGAUUGAAGGUGAUGUCGGGAGCGGAGGAGAACCGACACUACCUGCGCGCCUUCAUCCAGACGUACAGGGAGCUGCCCGUGCUGUGGGACACAUCGCUGCGGGAUUACACCAAUCGGGAGAAGCGAGCGGAGGCCUAUCUGCGUCUGGUGCCCAUAUACCAUUAUCUCAAGCGGGACGCCACCGUCGAGGAUGUGAAAAAGAAGAUCAACACCCUGCGCACGAAUUAUCGCAAGGAACUGAAGGUGGUGGAGAGUGCUCUGCGAUCGGGCAGCCUUCACAGUCCACGUUGCUGGACCUUUCAGGAGCUGGACUUUCUGCGCAACUCGGAGAAGUUUCUGGCCGUCAAUCCCGCCUUCAAGAACGAACCAAAUUUCGCCUUCGGCGAGAGCAGCAAUUGCCCGAGUGCGUUCCUGGAGGGCCAGGGAGCGGCCCUCCAUUAUCCGGCACCACGGACGGGUGGUCAGACGCCCAACAUUUCCGAGAUGUUUCACAAAUCAUUUGGACCACCGCCACCCCCGCCGCCAGCUGCCAACCAUGUGGAUUAUGGGAGCAGCAAGCGAGCCAGACAAACGCCGCCAUGUACGGGAGCAGGAGCAGGGUCUAGUGGUGGUGGCGGAGCAACAGUCAGCUCCCACAACACGGACGAGCUACUCAACAUAGCCUGCGAGUAUUUGGCGGGCACUUAUCCGGAGGAGGAGUCUAUCGCCCGCACCUGGACGCACAAAUUGAAGCGCCUGCCCCGGGAGCAGCGUCUCCUGGCCGAGCGCUUCAUCAACGAGAUACUCUUCGAGGCGGAGUCCAACAAUCUGCAUCGCGGUUCCGUGCAAAUCAACAACAGCUUCGAGCCCUAUGUUCGCUACGAAGAACCGCCAAAUGGUCACGAUGAGCAGGACAAAUCACAGAGCCCCAGUGUGCAUACCUCCAGCGAAUCCAAGCCCAAUGUGGCGGGAGCGGGCGGAAGCGGAGCUGGCAGCACAGCCACUGCAAGCAUCAGGGAGUUCUAAGUUUAAUUUAGUUACUAAGUGUUAAGUUUUUAUUGGCCGAGGGGUAAUUGGCAAAUCAAAUAGAGUUAGCCCAACUAUGAAAAUCAAAUAAACCUGUA